CAGAGCGAGACAGCGCUUCAGAUCUGUGAAUCGCUGCCUGCUGCUUAAAAUCCAUGAGGCUUUGGAAGGACGCUCAACUUCUCCUUUCUCCAGAAGGCUUUUUUAUGUUUAUUUAUUUAUUUUUAAUUUUAUUUUUUUGCGUCUUAUCAAUACAAUGUUGCGGCUGAGGACGCGCAGCUGAGUAAGGUCCGUGAAUGCAGUUUGCAAAAAGGGUGAAAGCACCUUGCAUCCAGCCAUGGGAUCUCAGAUCACCAGAAAUACCUUCUACGAUUCUUUGAACGGCCCAAUUCCUGCAGCAUCCCAUCGGUUUCCUCACAAGCCGAAGCGCUACCUGUCUAUCCAACCAUGUGGACAUUUGUCCUCCUUCCCUCUUCUCUUCCACCCCAGCACCAAAGGCUCACAGAUUAUCAUGGACCUGUCACAGAGAACCGUCAAGAGACAGGCCAGCUUCUGCAAUGCCAUCACGUUUAGCAACAGGCCCAUCGCUGUUUACGAGCAAGUUCGGCUGAAGAUCACUAAAAAACAGUGCUGCUGGAGUGGAGCUCUGCGUCUGGGUUUUACAUCUAAAGACCCGUCAAGGAUAAAUCCAGACAACUUGCCCAAGUAUGCCUGCCCUGACCUCGUCUCCCAAAGUGGCUUCUGGGCAAAAGCCCUGCCAGAGGAACUAUGUAAUGAGGGGAAUGUCAUAUCUUUCUGUGUCGAUAAGAAGGGCAGAGUGUUUUACCGUAUCAACAACUCCAAACCCAUGCUGUUCUUUAGUGGUGUGCAUGUUGGUGAACCUCUUUGGGUUCUCAUCGAUGUCUAUGGCCUAACCAGAGGAGUCCAACUGCUUGACAGUGAGAUGGUCCCUCUGGACUUGCGUCCUCGUUCCUUCACUGCCCCCCAACAGGCUUCAGUUCGCCGGAACAGUCAUGACCCUCGACUCACCAUUAGUCUGUGUGACCUGAGCCUUCAGCAGCAAGAGAUGCAGCUAGAGGAAGAUGAGGGGGAAGACGAGGGACGACUCCAGCCUUUAAGCACCACCUCUUGCCAUGUUCCUCAGAACUCUCAGAACUCGCAGCAGUGCUCACUGCUGCCAGGCCACUUGGACACUGAUCUGCAGUUUCACACUGUUCAUGGCCUCCAAAUUACCGAGCUCGAUAAGUACACAGUGGCUCGGCCAGAUCACCGCAGCGAUGAGAGGACCCUGGUGUUCACCAGCCGCCCAAUAUACUGUUCAGAGUAUGUAUUUGUGAAAGUGAAGGCAGGAGCCACCCGUGCGGGGUCUCUUUCUUAUGGCGUGACAUCCUGCGACCCGGCCACCCUGAGGCCCAGUGAUCUCCCAUCAAACCCUGAGUCCCUGGUAGACCGCAUGGAAUUCUGGGCCGUGCGUAGGGUGGCUGUCCAACUCCACAGUGGGGAUAUUUUGAGCUUUGUGGUGAAUUCAGAGGGGGAGCUUAUGAUGAGCCAUAAUGGGAACAGUGCAGGAAUGCAGCUAUGUGUCGAUAACUCCAGGCCUCUGUGGAUGUUCUAUGGUCUGCAUGGCUCCAUCACACAACUCAGGAUUUUAGGCUCAUCUUUGCCUCCAGAUCAUCAAGGCUCAUCUGUACCCAGCUCCCCAUCAUGUACACCCAACACCCCAACAAUGCUGUGCAGUGGAAACUCUGGAUCUAACCUCAACAGCACACUGAACAUCAAUCUGAAUUCAAGCCUCAACUCCAACUACCACACGCUAUUUUCCAUUUCCACAGGUACAACCCCAAGCUCCCCGAUUUCCAGCCAUCCACAGUCCCCUACCUUACCAUCUUGUUCCAGCUCAUGGAGUGACGAAUGCGCCAUCUGUUACGAGAACAUGGUAGACACCGUACUCUACGCAUGCGGUCACAUGUGUCUCUGCUACGCCUGUGGCCUGAAGCUCAAGAAGAUGGCCAAUGCGUGCUGCCCCAUCUGCCGACGAACAAUCAAAGACAUUAUCAAGACCUACCGGAAUACUUAGGUGUGCAUUAGACAAUGUUCAAGACUUUGCAAAAGCCAUGCAAGACUUAUUAAACUAAGCACAAAUUAUAAUCUGGCUCAGGUACUCUACAGCAGGACUUUAAGCUUGUUUAUUAAAACUGUUUGCCUAAAUAAUAGGAGACAUCAUGUUAAGCCAUUAGAAAGUGAGAUCAACAAAAGCUAAAUAAGUGUUAUGGCAAAAACAAAAUAAUAUCACACCCCGAAUCACUUCAAUAUCUGAAGAGGAAGAGGUAUCUGAAGAGGCAUAUGUCCCAUUUAAUGCAGUUACCUUUCAUGAUCUCUCCAUCUAAGUUAAACGGAGAUUGUCCAGAGCCGAGGACAAUAACAAACAGAACCAAUCUGUGGGUUUGACCAGCUGCGUCUUCACUGCUUGUCAGGAAGCAUUAAGUCAGAAAGUUGUUUAAGAGGAAGAAUCAAUUGUUUUUCAAAACUAAGAGGAAAUCAAGGGAAGAUUUCCAGAAGGCAUCCUGAUUUCCAGUGAAAAAAACUACCUUUAAGGAACUGUAAUGUGUAAAGUGAAGUGUUUUGCAGAAUAUCCCUCCAUCUGAGGUUCUCUGAACUCCAGGCAGAGCAGACUGAAAAUGAUGCAAAAAGUGAGAACGAUGUCACUGGAGAAGGUCACGCUUGAUGAGGAUUGAAGAUGUGAAUCAGCGACGACAGAGGCAGAGGAGGAUAGAUGAUGUUGUACGUUUGAGACUGAGAUGGGGGGUGGAGGUGGUUCAGCUGUGUGUGAACCUUUGAGGAAACAGGAAGUUUUAGAUCACCAAGAUGUUGAAAUACAUGUUCUGGUUUUUGGCUGUCAUGCCCUCCUCUCUGUGGCUGCUCAGUAACCCCGCUGGAUUCUGUAAUUGCACAAAAGGUUAUCCAAAUAAAGAGUGGUUGGUACUGGAGUAGUUUUUCCAUUAAGGUGUUGAAUCAAGCUCUUCUUCAUUGUAAGAAUCCCUUGAAAGCAUCUUUAAGCGGUUGCAAGUGUGCAAUCAGUAAAAAAGGAUGAAAGAACUGUGAGAAUUUUAUUUGCAUAUAAUUUUCCAAAUGCUGCUCUCCGUCUAUAAAAGCUAGCUCACAAUAUUUUCACAUGUCUACCCUUGUACUAUAUAUUAAUAUUUGAAUAGGUAAGAAUGCUUUCUGGCUCUUUCUGAAACAUUGCAUCACUCAUUUAUUAUUGUAGAUACUGAUUGAUGCUUUAAACUUGUCAUCUCAUCACUGCAGGAAAAACAUUACCAGUUACAAGUUUGUUGUAUAACGUUUGAAUUAGGUUUCUGAGUUUGUGUAUUAAGCAGUUCAAUGUGAAAAAACGAAAAAAUGUUAAGGUUCAUUUUCAUAAAAAAAUCAUUUUUUUGUGGCUCUAGUUUAUAAGACAUGAGUUGUUUAGCACACACCUAGAAAUACAACUUUAUUAUAUUUAUGUGUAACUGGACACAUGAAUGUCCUUGAUAGUAGUGUGCAUUGUAUUUUUUUGUCCCCCUCAUAGAGUUUGUUCAUGUUUCUAUGUCAAUAUUCCAUAUUUUUCCAGGCUAGAGUAAUUGUUCUCGCAUUGCUGAACUGACAGAUGAAUGACACAUCCAUGCAUCUACAGGAACCCCGUGAACGUUUUGUUGUACCAUGCUAGAAUCCUGUAUUCAAUGUUAGCGGAUGUUCAGGUGUUUCAAUCAUAGCUGGUUAUUUUUUGACCAAAAAUGCCUGAGCAGAAAUAUGACACUGUGGAGGAUUUUUAAUAGAAAACAGACAAAGAAACAACUCGUGAGGACUGAGACAUUGCUUGUACAUUUGAAAGCAUAUUUAUUUUUGAUGCUGUUAUAGUAAAAUCAUCACUGUGCAUUUUUUCAUGUGUGGCUAAGGUAGGAAAUGUAUCUAUAAAUCUUCAUAUGUUUUGGAUUAGGACUCCAGAAAUAUGCAACAGGUCUAUAGCAUGAUUGGUUAAAGAAAGAGUUAACAGAAACUUUCCGAUUCCAAUCAGUUCUGGAACAGCUUUGACUACCUAUUAAGCAGAUGUUAACACAUACCCAAAUUCGACAGGAAUAUAGUGUAUAUAAUUUAAAAACCAUUUUACAAUUUUAUUCACAUUUGAGCCAUCUUUUUUUGGAAAUAGAGUUCUAUAAGAACAAAAAAAGAUAACCCAAAAGAGAAAAUAAACUAUUCUGCAUCUCUGUAACAAAAAUGAUUUUACGCUAUUUUGUACUUCAAAAGUUAUUAAUAUAAACCAAACAAAACAAGUAAAAUAUAAAUAAAUGUUAAACUUCUGAUCAUCAGGUCAAGACAAAUAAUGGUCAGCUUUCCUGGCAACAAGUCUUAGCCAUAAAAUGAAUUAAAAAAAUCUAAAUUUUGAAACAAUUCACUGGUGAAAUAGUGAGUUGCUAUAUGUAAAUUUAGAUUUUAAACAUGUACAAUGCAAUAAAAUAUCAGUCAGUCAGUCAGUCAUUUUCUACCACUUAUUCCAUAGUGGGUUGUGGGGGAGCUGGUGCCUAUCUCCAGCAGUCUAUGGGCGAGA